AUGGAUUCGAUUGAUGUCAGAGAAGACUCUUUCCCCUCUCGAUCCAGAGAGAUCUCAGGACAAGUGAACGGAGUCGCCACCGAAAUCACAUCCACCAGCUUCACAGACAAGAUCCUAAUCACCAUCUCCCAAGAAGGCCGCCUGUCACAAUGGAUACAAGUCCCUCUGACAGGAUCCUCAUCUGGUGUGGUUGAGAUGAAUCUACCAAGCUCGAACAAGGGUCUCCUCCCCUCAACGCAUCUCACACCAACAACGUUGUUCGGAGGCGGGGGUGAGGAGCGCGAGACUUUGGGGCAGCUUUAUGCGGCACAAAUUGCAAGCCAAAUAUGUCUGAGAUCGCCGGACGAUCGACGCAUUCUUGUUCUGGGCCUUGGUCUUGCCAAAACUGAUCUUAAGCGUGAAGCUUUCUUUGAUCUUUUGGAACUUGUUCAGCAGGUCCUAUGA